GGUAUUUUCAUUAUAUUUUUGUAGGAAAAAGAAGUCCAAAUCUUUGUAAGUUCUCCCCCUUCUUGAAUGGCAGCUUAUCGACGAUGGGUUUCAGUUCUCUGUUGCCUCUCCUUGCUGGGUUCAUUUGCUUCAGCUUCCACAAUUAGCCUUCCAUCUGAUUCUCGUAAAGUCUCCUUGACUUUGUAUUACGAAUCCCUUUGCCCAUACAGUGCCAAUUUCAUUGUCAAUUACCUGCCCAAGCUCUUCAAUGAGGAUCUCAUCUCCAUCGUCGAUCUCCGCCUCGUUCCUUGGGGAAACGCUAAGCUCAAAGGCAACGGCACCUUUGAUUGCCAGCAUGGCCCUACUGAAUGCUUGUUGAACACUGUGGAAGCUUGUGCAAUUGAUGCCUGGCCUAAACUGAAUGACCAUUUCCCAUUUAUCUAUUGCGUUGAGAAUUUGGAAUUGGAGCGCAAGCCCCUUGAAUGGGAAUCGUGCUUUAAGAAAUUGGGAUUGGAAUCAAAGCCUGUUAAUGAUUGUUAUAACAGUGGACUGGGGCAAAAACUUGAUCUACAAUAUGCAGCCGAAACAAGUGCCCUUGAACCACCUCAUACAUAUGUACCUUGGGUUGUUGUGGAUGGGCAACCACUUUACGAGGACUAUGAAAACUAUAUAAGCUAUGUGUGCAAGGCUUAUAAAGGUGCCAAUAUGCCCAAGGCUUGUAGUGGACUGACCUUCAAUCAAAUCUACAAUAGAAAAACUAUCCAUCCAGUUUGCUAUAAGGAGAUACCACCAUCAACAUUGUCAUCAAGAACAAUAUCAACUGUUAUGUCAUGGAUACAGAAGAUAGUAACUUCUAUGUAAUUGUUUCAGUUUUAAGGAUGCAUUUCAAACCUUGUUAAUAUAAUUAUAUAUCUAUGUAUUGACGGUUAACUGUUAAGCACUAUGCUGAAGUUUAUGCAAGUUGUGCUCAACUGCUUUUGCUAGUGUUUGAAUCAGAAUGUGGGCUUCGAUAAAUUGCAUAUAUAAUGAAAAAUCUUAUGAAAA